CUCUGCCUCCGCUUUCCUCCACUUCAGACCGAGGAGAAGAGGUGAGCCUGUGAGCCGCUGCAGCUUUACCGUUUCCUUUUUUCUCCAGCUUUUGAACUGUUCGCCCCGUCUGGUUUCGGCAAGACACGGCGUUUAAAGUGUUUCUGUGCGAAGGGGAAGCUGGAGGAGGAAUGAGAAAUCUCCUGUGACUUUUCCGUGGAGAAAGUGGCCCCCGGUGCCAACAGGGCAGAGUGACUGUCAUCCCAUCGGUCCGCUGCUGUAUGUGGCCUCGGAAAUAACAGCACCAAGAUGGACCUCAAGUUGAUCUUGAUAUGUACGUUGCUGGGAGCUGUUUGUUACUGUAACGCUCAAAAAGAGGGGAAUGAGUGCAUCAAUGCCAACGCGAAAUACUGCGGGGAGUGCAUCCAGGCUGGAGCCAAAUGUGGCUGGUGUACAGAACCGGACUUCCUGCAACAAGGCGAGACCGUGUCGACCCGCUGUGAUGAGCUGGAGUCUCUGAUCAACAGGGGCUGUCCGAAGGACAUGAUUGAGAACCCACGCGGAGAACGGAAGGUCCUCAAGGACAAACCGGUGACCAAUCGCAAGAAGGGAGCAGAGAAAUUGAAGCCAGAGGACAUCACCCAGAUCCAGCCCCAGAAACUCAGACUCACCCUUCGAUCUGGCGAGCCCCAGACUUUUAACUUGACGUUCAAACGAGCAGAAGAUUAUCCCAUUGACCUGUACUACUUGAUGGACCUGUCCUACUCCAUGAAGGAUGAUCUGGAGAACGUCAAGAACCUGGGAACCAGUCUGAUGCAGAAGAUGGAGACGAUCACCUCAGACUUCAAGAUAGGUUUUGGCUCCUUCGUGGAGAAGACAGUCAUGCCUUACAUCAGCACCACCCCGGCCAAGCUGCUCAACCCAUGCACGGGCGACCAGAACUGCACAAGCCCGUUCAGCUUCAAGAACGUCCUGAAGCUCACAAGUGACGGCAAGAAGUUCAACACCCUGGUGGGCCAGCAGCACAUCUCUGGAAACCUGGAUUCUCCUGAGGGGGGCUUUGACGCCAUCAUGCAAGUGGCUGUGUGUGGGGAGCAGAUAGGCUGGAGGAAUGUGACUCGUCUGCUGGUGUUCUCCACUGAUGCCGGCUUCCACUUUGCUGGAGAUGGUAAACUGGGCGGCAUCGUUCUGCCUAAUGAUGGAAAAUGUCAUUUGGAGAACAACAUUUACACAAUGAGCCACUAUUAUGACUAUCCCUCCAUUGCUCACCUGGUUCAAAAGCUGAGCGACAACAACAUCCAGACUAUAUUUGCAGUCACAGAGGAGUUCCAGCCUGUUUACCAAGAGCUGAAAAAUCUGAUUCCAAAGUCUGCGGUGGGCACACUGUCUGCCAACUCAAGCAAUGUAAUCAACCUCAUUAUAAAUGCCUACAAUUCUCUCUCGUCUGAGGUUAUUCUGGAGAACAGCAAACUUCCAGAGGGAGUGACUAUUGCGUACACGUCCCGCUGUAAGAAUGGAGUCGUCAGCGAGGGUGAAAAUGGACGGAAGUGCUCCAACAUCUCCAUUGGAGAUGAGGUGACAUUUAGCAUCAGCGUGACAUCUAAGGGCUGUCCAAAAAAAGGAAAGCCCGAGACUAUCAAGAUAAAGCCUCUGGGGUUCACAGAGGAGGUGGAGAUUACCCUCCACUUCAUCUGUGAGUGUGAGUGCCACAAGGACAGAAUCGAGAACAGUGAUCGCUGCCACUUUGGGAAUGGGACCUAUGAGUGUGGAGCCUGCAAGUGUAAUGAAGGCCGUGUUGGCAGACAGUGUGAGUGCAGCAGCAACGACGUGGCUACAGAGGACAUGGACCGGACCUGCCGCAAAGACAAUGGUACCGAUAUCUGCAGCAACAACGGAGACUGUGUCUGUGGCACGUGUGAGUGCAAGAAGAGAGACAACCCUGAGGAGAGGUACAGCGGCCAGUACUGCGAGUGUGACAACUUCAACUGUGACCGCUCUGGAAACAAACUUUGCGGAGGGCAUGGACGCUGUGAGUGCAGAGUGUGCAUCUGUGACCCCAUGUGGAGCGGCACUGCUUGUGACUGUUCUGAGGACGAAACACCGUGUAUGGCCAAAAACAAGCAGAAGUGCAACGGUAGAGGAGAGUGCAUCUGUGGCACGUGCAAGUGUAAUGACCCCAAAUUCCAGGGACCCACAUGUGAAACCUGCCCCACCUGUCCAGGAGUCUGCGCUGAACACAAAGAGUGUGUUCAGUGCCGCGCGUUUGGCACCGGCGAGAAGAAGGAGACGUGCGAGAAAGAAUGCGGGGACUUCACUCUGUUCACAGUGAAGGACAGGGAAAAGCUGCCCCAGCCCAAUGACGCUGCCUACCCCGUGAUGCACUGCAAGGAGAGGGACGCUAACGACUGCUGGUUCUACUACACCUACGCUGUCAACAACAACACGGAAAAGGAGGUCCAUGUGGUGGAGACGCUGGACUGCCCCUCCGGUCCUGACAUCACCCCCAUCGUGGCGGGCGUAGUCGCCGGCAUCGUCCUGAUUGGCCUAGCCCUGCUGCUCAUCUGGAAGCUGCUGAUGAUCAUCCAUGACAGGAGAGAGUUUGCCAAGUUCGAGAAGGAGAAGAUGAACGCCAAGUGGGAUACGCAAGAGAACCCCAUUUACAAGAGUCCAAUCAAUCAGUUCCAGAACCCUCACUAUGGACGUAAAGCUGCUGUCCUUUAAGGCGAAAAUCCGAUCUACAAAAGUGCUGUAACAACCGUGGUGAAUCCCAAAUACGAAGGCAAGUGUUAGCGUGGUAGCUUUCAAAGAACUCUCCUAUCAAGUAUCUGACGGCUGCAGUUUUUACAGCAAGUUUUGGGUCUGACCAGAGCACAUGGUGGAAUUUAUGUGCUUUGUUUUUUGUUUUUUUGUUUUUUUUCUUGUUGCUUUAUCAUUAUAAUGUAUCAUUUGGCCACUGCAUCUGUAUUUUUUACUAACACUUAUGAUUUCUAUGUAUUUGUUUCAUUUUAGAUGUACAGUAUACAGUAUGUGUAUAUACUUUUAAGUUGCAUAUUUGCAGAAGUUGAUGAUAUUACGGUAUUUUUUCUCCUGCUGCUGGACUGGUAAAGGCAGAGAAUUUCGCUUUUUUUUUAAAGUGCAUAAUAUAGAUAUAAAUAUAUGUAAAUUCUUCAGCUUCUGUCACACACUCUCAUGUCUAUGUUCGUCCCUCUCCUUCAUCUCUCUCUGUGCACUGACUUCCUGUGAGUAUCCUGUGAGUUUGUUCCAGAAAGGACCCUGAGCUUAAUGUGUAAAUUGUCAGCCAUAGCAGCACAUUAUGUUUGAUGUGUGUGUAUAUAAAGAAAACUGCAAUAUGAAGGGUUGAAUAGUAAUGAGCAUUCGACUUAGAUUGGACAAUUAAGUUGAGUCACAGUAAAAAAAAAAAAAAAAAAUCAGUGGUUGUAAAUGUAGUUUUUUUAACUGAAGCAUAGAAACAUCCGCUGUUUAAGAUUUUUUCCACUCUUAUUGAGUACUGUUGUAAACAUACAAGAUAACGGUAAGUAUCAGCUACUAUCAUUUAUAUUGUUGAUAUAUUAUCACUAAAUGGAUUGUGUACCACUUGUUUGAAAUUGUGAAAUUGUAGCGAUGAUGAACAAUCAAAGGAUUUGUAUAGUUAGGAAACAAGUAAGAGUUUAGGUAAUUAGAUAUUACGCUGUUUGCUAACUGCAGUACCUUACAUGCUCAUUCUCAGGUCCUUCCCUGUGUCCCUGUCAAGUACACCAAAAAUAUGUAUUAGUGUCGGCUUGUUCACUUGACCGGUGAGCUCAUUCAUGUGGGUCAGUUGUGUUAGUUUCGAUGUUUUUUAAACUGUAAGACUGAAAGUGUCUGUUGAAUUGUCACAUCACAUGAAUCACCUCUGAAAUGUUUUCACACAC